UGCACACGCGUAUUUCUGGAAAGUGCUGAAAAAGAGGCCUCCAUAAAUACAGAAAAAACUUGACUAUAAAUUCUAUCAUAGCUCUUUGGACUAUUUUAUUACCAAGAGUUCUCUGCAUAUCGCUCAAGAAUUUAGAAUUAAAUUGAAAUGUUACGAUUUAAGUGACUACUUUUGAAAAGCUUAUUCGGACAACGGAAUAUUAUUUACCGUAUGGAUUACUCAUUAUAUUGCCUGUGACAGCCGUUAACAAAUACGCAGCAAACGCAGUGUGAACUGUGGUGAACUGUGUGUGUAUGUGUAGCGUGAUACUUUACGACCUUUACGUUGUUUGACGAAGAUGGAGAGCGAUUACGACGACGACCGUAGUGGUUGGGGAGACGAGAUGAAUCGAAGCAUUGAUGAAUGUAGCGGGGAAGAUACAUUCGAUAAUCCACAGGAAGUACUGAACGAGUGCUUGGAUAAGUUCAAAACAGCUGACUAUAUAAUGGAGCCUGGCAUUUUCGCCCAACUUAAAAGAUAUUUUCAAGCUGGAGGAAAUCCUGAACAAGUCAUAGAAUUGUUGUCUAAGAAUUAUACAGCUUGCGCACAAACAGCAAAUUUACUUGCAGAAUGGUUGAUCCUUGCUGGAGUAAAGGUCACUGAUGUGCAGGCAAUGGUGGAAAACAAUUUAAAGGACAUGAUUCUUAAAACGUUUGAUCCCAAAAAAGCAGACAAGAUUUUUACGGAGGAAGGUGAAACUCCCGCCUGGUUAACUGAAAUGAUACAGCAUCCCACUUGGCGAUCCCUUAUUUAUAGACUCGCAGAGGAGUAUCCAGAUUGCUUGAUGUUAAAUUUCACUAUCAAGCUUAUAUCCGAUGCUGGAUUCCAAGGCGAGAUUACAAGUAUUUCAACUGCAGCUCAGCAAAUCGAGGUCUUCUCACGUGUAUUAAAGACCGCAAUUGCUGGAUUUCUUCAAAAUACAGAAAACUGGCAGUCCAGCAUACAGGAGUGUGCAAAAAUGGUUUGUCAUGGUCAACAUACCUAUGUGUAUAGUCAAGUCCUAUUGCAAAUUCUUGCACAAGAAUCCCGCGGUGGUUUUAUGAUGAAAAGACUUUCCCAAGAGAUCACCAAAUGCGCGCAACAAAAUCGACAUGACGUUACGCCAAUAACGAUGGCCCUAAAUGGCGCUGCUAGUAGUCCUGGAGCAUGUCAGGCACUGGCAUCUAUGUUAUCAAGAAACACCUUAAAUCCUGCUGAUAUCACAGUCUUAUUUAGAAAUUAUUCUGCAGCCGAACCACCUCCCAUUGAAUUGUUGCGCAAUCCACAAUUUUUAGAAUUAUUGGUUGAUGCACUUUUUAAACCUGGUGUAAAAAUAAAUCCUGAACAUAAAUCAAAAUACAUAUAUUUACUAGCUUAUGCAGCAAGUGUGUGUGAAACGGUUCCUAAAAAAAGCUCUAGUACCCGUAAAAUUAAUAAAGAUGAAUUGAAAACGACUAUUCAGGCAAUUGAGAAAGUGCAUAACAUAUGUAACAUAAACAAAGGAUCGACUGAACUAAUAGCAGAGUUGCAUACUUUGUAUCAAUCUAUACGAUUUCCUGUUGUAAGUGUGGGUGUGAUACGAUGGGUAGAGUGUACUGUGACUGAGCCGUCAUACUUCAAAUUGUGUACAGAGCAUUGCCCUGUACACCUUGCCUUACUGGACGAGGUUGUAGUUUGCCAUCCUUUGCUACAUCCAAAAAUAUUAAGAUUACUUGUGCAAUUAUUUGAAAGCAAGCAAGAUGAAUUAGAAAUUCUUGUACAACUGGAAAUGAAAAAGAUGUUGAUCGACAGAAUGGUGAACUUGCUGAGCAGAGGCUGUGUAGUAUCUGUUGUGUGUUACAUUAAGCAAUGUUGGCAACGUGGAGAUACAGAUGUGUCUUUAAUUAGAUAUUUUGUUACCGAGGUCUUAGAAGCAAUAGCCCCUCCAUAUACAGCAGAAUUUAUACAAUUAUUUUUGCCAAUGGUGGAAAAUGAAGAGAUUACUGGAACCAUGCGUGGAGAGAGUGAAAACGAUCUGGUUUCUGAAUUUAUUGUACACUGCAAGACUCACUGCCCUGUUGUGAGAUGACGUUACAAAAAUUAAGUGCAGGUAGACGAAAUCAGAAGAAAAAAAA